UGCUGCCACUGCGACUGCGACAGCGACGCUUGCUGAAGCAGCGCGUUUUUGGGUGCGCUGGCGACGCUUGCUGCUGAUAAACAGUUUUCGUUUAUCAUCAGUUUGUCGAUGGCAACGCGCGCAACUGGACGUUCUUUCGCUUUCACCGAGACAUUUCACGUGUGGCCCCAAACAAGAAUUUCACUUCAUAUAUUCUGCAUGUGUGUGCGUGUCAGACUGUGUGUGUGUGUGUGAGUGUGUGUGCUGUAGGGGCAAACUUUAAACGGUUUUAUCAGUGCAGCAAGUGUUGAAUGUGCCGCAUUGUCAAUUGUUCCGGCUACAAAUUAUUAAUGCAAAAUUCGCCAAUCAUAAAAAUCAAAAAUCUUACAGAUACUUGUGUGUUUUUGUGGCAUGUACAGCGCGGCAGUUAAUAAAGGGACAGCAAAAGAGUCAGUAAAAUCUGCGCAAAUAAAUGUGGUUUAAUGCGGGGCAAUUGGCCCCCGACGCUCACCACAAAAUGAACAACAACAACAUGCAGAAACAAAAGCAACAAUAACAGAGCCAGAGCGGACAGAAGCUUGCGGAUGUCGCUUGCGGAUGUGAAAUUCACUUUGAGGAUAUGAAAAUAGCGCAUAAACGAGCCAUAACACAUGAGAGCAAACGGAAGAGCUUAAAAGGAGUAUACAAAAAAGAACGCAGACACAGGCAGCUGGCAAGUUGGCAGCAACAGCAAUCAACACACAAAGCAACACGGCCAGCCAAAAACAACAGCAGCAAAAGAAAGUGAAAGCUGAAAGCCGAAACUGUAAACGACGCUCCGUGUAAACACUCAAAAGCUCGUUAAGAGAAUACAUCCGGACAGAGCGUAUGAGUGAGUGCGUGUGUGUCCGUGUAUGUGUCACCAUGUACCGACGCCAGCGACGACGUCUGAGUAGCUCCAACUCUCGCCUCUGCCCGGCCAUUGCCAUUGCCAUUGCAUAGUCGCAUAGUCGCGCUUCCGUUUCCGUCUACGCUCACUCGCCUCAUUUCCGCUGUGGCUGCAAUUAAGCGAACUACCCGAGCCUCUUGCCAAGCCAAAAAUAAAUAAAAAUUCAACAACAACAACAACAAUGGCGCGCGCGACCAACUUUAAUGAUGCGCUGGACUACAUAUACAUAGCGAAUAGCAUGAAUGAUAAAGCCUUUCUCAUAGCCGAGCCGCGGCCCGAUGAUGACGCUGACGCGGAUGAGCAGGACGAGGAUUUUGGCGGCGGCGGCGGCGACAAUAACAACAACAAUCAUUACUACAACGAUGGCGGCGAUAGCGACUUUAUGAGCACAGCCGCUGUCGCUGGAUCCUUGGAGAGCAGCAGCACGCCCAGCUCAUCGCUGGCGACAGCAGCGCUGGCAGCGGCUGCGGCGAGCGCCUCGGUGGCCGCGGCGGCAGCGCGCAUAACCGCAAAGGCGGCGCAUCGGGCACUGGCCACCGGGGCGGCGGGCAGCAAAGCCAUCCAGCUGAUCGAUGUGAAUGGCAGCAAUGGAGCCGGCGGCGGGGCCAGCGGCGUUUCGGACAAUAACUAUACAAACGUGGCUGUGGGCCUGGGCGCCAUGCUGCUGAACGAAACACUGCUGCUGGAGGGCAAUGAGACGGGCCUGAGCAUUUUCGGCGAGCUGGUGAAUGGCAGCGGGCAGCAGCUGCUAAAUGCCAGCGCAGCGAUCAAUGUCACCGCCAGCAAAGUGGCCGAGGAUGACUUCACACAGCUGCUGCGCAUGGCGGUCACAACGGUGCUGCUGGGCCUGAUGAUACUCGUCACCAUAAUUGGCAACGUCUUUGUGAUAGCUGCCAUUAUACUGGAGCGAAAUCUACAGAAUGUGGCCAACUAUCUGGUGGCCUCCCUGGCCGUUGCUGAUCUGUUUGUGGCCUGCCUGGUGAUGCCAUUGGGCGCAGUCUAUGAGAUUAGCCAAGGCUGGAUACUUGGACCGGAGCUAUGCGACAUUUGGACAUCGUGCGAUGUACUCUGCUGCACUGCAUCCAUUCUGCAUCUGGUUGCCAUUGCCGUCGAUCGCUAUUGGGCGGUGACCAACAUUGAUUACAUCCAUUCACGCACCAGCAAUCGGGUCUUCAUGAUGAUCUUCUGCGUGUGGACGGCCUCGGUGAUUGUCUCAUUGGCGCCACAGUUUGGCUGGAAGGAUCCGGACUAUCUGCAGCGUAUCGAACAGCAGAAGUGCAUGGUCUCACAGGAUGUGGCCUACCAGGUAUUUGCCACCUGUUGCACUUUCUAUGUGCCACUGCUGGUCAUCUUGGCGCUCUACUGGAAAAUCUAUCAGACGGCUCGGAAACGCAUACAUCGCCGACGACCGCGACCUGUCGAUGUGACAGCCAACAAUAAUCAGCCCGCGACCAGCACCACAACAGAUACUAAACUUAAUCGUCUGCGGCUACGUCUUGGCAGAUUCUCAACGGCCAAGAAUAAGAGCGGUGCAGCGGCCGGCACCACAGCCCUGGGCCUGGUUGAGGGCAACUCCACGAACACGGUGAACACGGUCGAGGAUACCGAGUUCAGUAGCUCGAAUGUGGACAGCAAGAGUCGCGCCGGCAUCGAGGUGCCCAGCACAUCGGGCAGCCAAAUAGCCACCGUCUCGCACCUGGUGGCGCUGGCCAAUCAGCAGCACGCCAGCAUCAGCAGCAGCAGCAGCGCCAAGCAACCAAAAGCAGCAGCAGCUGGAGCUCAGCCAGUAAAUGUAACGGAAGCGGACAGCGAAGCGGAGCAGGAGGAUAACGAGCAGCAGCAGCAGCAGAACGAGCAGCAGCGGGAGGAGGAUGGGGAUGAGGCAGUGGCAACCGCAACCGCAACAUCAGCAGCAGGAGCAGCGGCAGCGGCAGCAACAACGCCGACGGGCAAGGCCAAUGGGAAUGGUGGCGCCGCGGUUGAAGUGCUCGAGGAUCCGCAGCUGCAACAGCAGUUGGAACAAAUGCAGCAGCUACAAAAAACUGUUAAAAUUGGCGGCAGCAACGGCGGCGGAGGCGCCAGCACAUCGAAUGCCACAACAAUUACAUCGAUAUCAGCAAUAUCGCCGCAAACACCAACAUCGCCAGCCAUUGGAACACAAGGGGCCGCCGUCGCCGCCGCCGCCGGACCGAUGACAGCAAAGACGAGCACGUUGACUAGCUGCAACCAGGCGCAUCCGUUGUGCAGCAAUUCGGCAAAUGCCUCCGGUGCGGUAACACCCGAACCGCGCACCAAACAUCAGCAGCAGCAUCAGCCGGGACAUCAUCCACACCCGGCGCCGCCGCAGCAGUUGUCGAGCAUAGCAAAUCCCAUGCAGAAGGUGAACAAGCGCAAGGAGACGCUGGAGGCGAAACGCGAAAGGAAAGCGGCCAAAACAUUGGCCAUCAUCACCGGCGCCUUUGUCGUCUGUUGGCUGCCAUUUUUUGUGAUGGCCCUGACGAUGCCGCUCUGCGCCGCCUGCCAGAUCAGCGACAGCGUCGCCUCCCUCUUCCUCUGGCUGGGCUACUUUAAUUCCACGCUGAAUCCGGUCAUCUAUACGAUAUUCAGCCCCGAGUUCCGACAGGCCUUCAAGCGCAUACUCUUUGGCGGCCACCGACCGGUGCAUUAUCGCAGCGGGAAACUCUAGAUAGUGCAUGCGAAGAGGCGAAGGCGUUUCUGCUAAGAGGGCGAGAGAUUUUGCCUCUUCGUUCAAAAUAAGAAGAAAGAGAAUACAAGGAGAAGGAGAUGAAGAAGAAGGAGAAGAAGAAGAAGAACACCAGGACUCACAAGAAGCAUGUAUACCAAGAAUGAUAUAGUAGCUAGAAGGCAGCGAACCAGAUAAAUAUAGAUAAAUAAAUAUAAAUACAAUAUAUAUAAAUAAAUAUAAAUACAAUAUAAGUGUAAAUAAGUUGAGCUAAAUGUGUUUAAAAUUUAAUGUUAAUUAUGCAAAUAAUUAAGACCUUUAAGGAACGAAGCAUUAAGAUUGUAAUUAGGCCAAGAAACUGUUGGAAACUGUGCUUUUUUUUGUGGUCAGAGAAAAAACGAAAGUUGAACAAACUGUGUAAUCAAAAUACGAAAUUGUUAUUAAUUAGCUAUGAUUAUUUAGAAUUAUUUAGUAAAUAAGCAACAAAUAAAAUUUCUAGCGAAAUUUACUUCCAAAAAAAAAAACUAUGCAACAAAACUUUCGAUUCGUGUACAUUUUAGAACUAAGUAAAUAAAUUUAAAUAUGCUAAAAAAUAUAGUUAAUAAAGCUUGGCAUAGGGCAUUUUGGAAUCGUUAUAACUGAACCCGAGCAUACUGAAUCUAUAUCUAUAUCUAUAUCUAUAUAUACCAUAUAUACGAUAUAGCAAAGCCCACUAGAGCGUUAUGUUAAGUGUGUAUAAAAUCAGUUAGAAUUUAAGUUAAAACUAAAAUAUUUGUUAACUA